AUGUUAGGAGUAUCCCGUUUCACACAAGUAAGGGAAGGGAUCCGAAGCUCCGACCUGUGUGAACGAUCAAAAAUCAAAGAUGCCGUUCUGUACGCCAGACAGUCGAAGAUAAGGUGGGCCGGACACGCAAUGCGUUUGAAUGACAAUCGAUGGACCAGAGCCGUUAGUGACUGGAUUCCUCGGGAUGUCAAACAUACUGCAGGAAGACCACCGACCCGAUGGUCAGAGUUCUUCACGAAGAACCUAGAAGAAAGAUAUGAUGUUCGACGAGUCCCUAGAGCGAGCAGAACCCACUGGGCUAUUCUUGCAUGCGACAAGGAAAAAAUGGAAGAUUUACUGGCGCCCGUUCGAGUCACUCGACGAUCACCGGGGCUACAGGUGAUACAGGUGACAGCGAUUUCAUACUCUGAGAGAGUUCGUUGUCUUCAGGCUAUCAUGCUCAUCUGA